CAUCCUUGUCCGCUCUCACUCUUUAGUAGUUUUCUCUUUUACGUUUUCCUUUCCACAUUGUCAAGAUGGCUGAUCAAAAUGAGAGAUCAUUCCAACGCCAACCAACGGUGUUUUUGAACCGCAAGAAAAGUUUGCCCUGCAAGCGACGCAAGUCUCUUCGCUAUCACCGAGAAGUCGGUCUUGGCUUCAAAACACCCAGGGAGGCUAUUGAUGGAACCUACAUUGACAAGAAAUGCCCAUUCACCGGCAACGUUUCCAUCCGUGGUCGCAUCUUAACCGGUGUCGUCCAAAAAAUGAAGAUGCAACGUACCAUUGUUAUCAGGCGUGAUUACCUUCAUUACGUCAAGAAGUACAACCGUUUCGAAAAGAGACAUCGCAACAUGUCCGUGCAUCUCUCCCCUUGCUUCAGGGAUGUUGAAAACGGUGAUGUUGUCACAAUUGGUGAGUGCAGGCCACUGUCCAAAACUGUUAGGUUUAACGUACUCAAAGUGACCAAGGGAGCUGGUUCCAAGAAGAGCUUCAAGAAAUUCUAAUAUGACUUUUCAAUAAAAAACUAUUAUAAUUAA